AUGGUUGUGUCGCUGAAGCGCAACUCGGUCGCUUCCACCUUGACGCCGACGCUGGUCGACAGCCGUGGCCAGAAUGCCGCACCGGGUGAACUUGCCUCAGGAAUGAGCAUCCCAAAUCCGUCCAGGUGGAGCCGCAUUGUCGGUCCCAGAGUCAACGACCAGGACCUCCGAGCUCUCGAAGCCUGUGGCUUCCCCCGCACUCUUGCUCGCAAUGCCCUCAUUGGUGCGCAAGGUGACCGCAACCUUGCCCUUGAGCUUGCCACCCACGCUGCUCACGCCGACAAGCCUACCGAGAAGACGGCGGCGGCGUGUCCGGUCUGCCAGUGGCGUGCGGCGGAAGCAGCCAGGAUGGCCGCCAUGGUCCAGUACGUCACAAAGCGCAUGAACACUGGCCGUGAGGCUGCGAUCCACUUCCCCCUCCUCCAGACCCUCAAGAGGAAGGGCCACACAGACAUUGUCGCCGCACGUGCCCUCUACGACUCGGGUGGCAACCUCGAAGAGGCGUACGUGCUUGCCCAGCAUGUCACAGGCAGCCACUACCCCAAGUACUGGUCUUUCGACCAUUGCACCGAAUGCCAGAGGGAGGCAGGCAAGGCCGACGAUGCGUCCACCUCCGACUCCAAAGCGGAUGUCAGCAAGCCCACCAUAGCAGAGAAGGAGUACCACCCGAUCCUCCUCGCCAUGGGCCACACCGACGUGACUGCCAAGAUCGCCCUCAGUGUGUCAAGCGGUGACAUCUUCCGCGCUGCCGACCUCGCCAACCACCUCACGCAGGAGCAUCUCAAGAACCUGCGCACGGUAUGCCUCGCAUGUGUCGAGGAGCGGAGCCGCCGGGGGAUCGACUCGGAACGUUUCAGGAAGGAGCAGGAGGACCGUGCUGAACGUGAGCGUAAGGCGGAGGCUGCGCGAGUCGCAAAGAUACAGGCUCGCAGGCUUGUACACUUGACCAACUACUCCAAGUCCAGGUCAGAAGCGGCUGUUGGGUACUCGGUCACGAACAACCCCGGUCUCCUUGGAGUUACUGGUAUUGGGUACAGCGGUGGUUGUGAUACCGCCGGUGGACACCACGGUGGUCACGGAGGCAGCAGCUCCGGAGGCGGCGGUGGUAACACCUCGUCCUCGGCUUGUGCGAGCAGCUCGUGUGGGGGCGGCGGCUGCGGCGGAGGCGGCGGCGGUGGCUGUGGAGGAGGAGGCUCUUGA